AUGGUUUCCUUCUCCGUUCUCACCAGGGUAAUUCCCCUCGUUGCCUCAUGUUUCAUUUCCGCCGUGGCUGGCGAUGCUAGCUAUGUCGCCGUCGAGAAACUCCAAAACGUACCAGUUGGCUGGCUAAAGGGGCCCGCAGCACCCCCGUCAAAGAUGAUGAAGUUUCACAUAGCAGUUCGUCCGGAGAAGGCUGCCGAAUUCGAACAGACGGUACUUGAUAUGUCGACGCCCGGCCACCCCAAUUAUGGUCAGCAUAUGAAACGUGAUGAGGUCAGGGAUUUCGUUCGCCCUUCAGAUUACACAAUGGAGCAGGUUCUAUCUUGGCUAGAUUCGGAAAAUAUACUCAAGGAGUCCAUGAAGAUCCGUGGGAACUGGGUCGAAGUUACGAUGCCCGUAUCCCAAGCGGAGUCGUUGAUGAAGACCAGGUUCUAUAGGUAUACCCACCGAGAAACUCGUAGAAAUACGAUCAGGACACUCGAUUACUCGGUACCACGAGAAAUGCGCCCAUAUAUUCAGACAAUCCAGCCGACAACUCAUUUUGAACAGCCUAAUGCACAGGUGAUACACCCAACCUUCAGGCCAAUUUCUAUGACUCCUUCAUCGUCACAUCGUGAGCCGCCAGUGAACUGCUCGAGCCAAGUGACUCCUGGUUGUCUCCGCGAGUUAUAUGGCCUCUAUGACACGGAAUCCAAGCCUGAUCCUCGCAACCGGCUCGGUAUAUCCGGCUACUUGGAUCAGUAUGCACGCUACAGCGAUUUCCACAAGUUCAUGGGCAUGUUCGCGCAGAACAGGACAGACGCCAACUUCACCGUCGAGACCAUCAACGGAGGUCUUAACCUUCAGAACUCAUCUAUUGGUAGUACCGAGGCCAGCUUGGAUGUUCAAUACGCGGUAGCGCUUGCAUACAACCCGUUAACAACCUACUAUACCACGGGAGGUCGCGGCCCAUUCAUCCCGGAGGCUGGCGAGUCAGGAGAAAGCGAGUCUACCAAUGAGCCAUACCUCGAACAACUCCACUAUCUACUCGAUCUCUCGGACGACGAGCUUCCUGCAGUUCUGUCGACCUCAUAUGGUGAGACGGAGCAGAGCGUUCCCGAGUCCUACUCCGAAGCGUCCUGCCAUCUAUUCGCCCAGCUUGGUGCGCGUGGUGUCUCCGUUCUCUUCAGUAGUGGUGAUGACGGCGUUGGUGGCUCAUGCUUGACAAACGAUGGUACCAACAGGACAAGAUUCCAACCCAUAUUUCCCGCCUCAUGCCCUUUCGUCACCUCAGUCGGUGGGACAUAUAAGACCGACCCUGAGAUAGCCGUUGACUUCUCCGGAGGGGGUUUCUCAGACCGAUUCAAGCGCCCGGCUUAUCAAGACGCAAGUGUUGGUAGUUAUUUGGAAAAACUUGGCAAGAAAUGGGAGGGACUGUAUAACCCUGAAGGAAGAGGAAUCCCUGACGUUGCUGCACAAGCGGUCAACUAUAUUAUUGUCGACCAUGACAAGACGUAUGAAAUUGGAGGCACCAGCGCGUCUGCACCCACGUUUGCAGCAAUCGUGUCGCGACUCAACGCAGAAAGAUUGAAGGACGGCAACCCAAGACUCGGCUUUCUUAACCCCUGGCUCUACUCUCUGAACCAAACUGGCUUUACUGAUAUCGUUGAUGGACGCUCGGCUGGUUGUGUGAACUCGAACAUCGGAAGUGCAGAUGGUUAUGCUACUUGGAACGCAACAACUGGGUGGGAUCCUGCCACGGGAUUGGGCACUCCUUUUUACAAUACCCUGGUGAAAGUAGCAAGAGAGCUGUGA